AUGAUUGUAUGUGAAACGCCGCUGUGGAAGGAGAGAGGAUCAGUUAACCGGCUUUUUAAAUGGUCUUUUACAAUAAUUUUCAGACUUCCGAGCAGCUAUACCGGACUUUUUUAAAUCUAUGAAACCGAGUCUGGCAAUAUUAACAGCGGUAGCACGAUCUGUCGAGUUUCAAAAGACUGUUCUACUUUGGGGAAAGUUUAAAGCCCCCUCCAGACAGAGUUCGGCGGAAAGUCAGCAUGUCAGGGAUGCAUUGCGUUGUGUAAACCAGUUUAACCAGCUUUGCGGGAAGUUUCGACGGCCGCUGUGAUUAACUUCAGAGGUUUCUUCACUCCUACGAAGUGACAUUCGAUUCCCGACAAUGGCAGGUCUGAGCAAGGUCCACAUGAAAACCCUGGAGGACCUGACGCUAGACUCGGGAUAUGGGGCGGGGGACUCCUGCAAGUCCCUCAGCCUGUCCUCCUCCAAGUCAAAUUCCCAGGCCUUUAUGACGACCCCUCACCGGGGGAACUGGUGGUAUUACUCUGGCUCUAUGAACAGCAGGAACAACAGCUGGGACACUGUUAAUACUGUCCUCCCCGAAGACCCGGAGGACAUCUUCUCCAAGUGCCACCGCUUACCUGAGCUGGAGGAGUUCCCUUGGACCGAGGAGGAGGUGGCCAGGAUACUGCGCAAAGUGGCCGAGAGUGGUGGGAGUGCUAAGUCGGGGUCUGCCUCUGUUUUCUCCCAGGAAGCGGUGCGACGUCUGUGCGCUCUCCUCCGUAGGGCUCUCAUCCGCAUCUCCAGAGAGGCCCAGCGGCUCAGCGUCAUGCACUGUCGGUGUACGCGUUUCGAGGUGCAAAGCGCCAUGAGGCUGAUUCUCAGCUGGGCCCUGGCGGAUCAUUGCGUCUCCGCCACCGUCAAGGCCAUCUCCAUGUACUGCAUGAGCGCAGGUGAACUGCUGAGGAAGGGCAAGUCUGCCCGCUGCGGCCUCUCCUUCUCCGUGGGGCGGUUCUUCCGCUGGAUGGUGGACACUCGCAUCUCCGUCCGCAUCCACGAGUACGCGGCAAUCAGCCUAACUGCGUGCAUGGAGGCUCUGGUGGAGGAGAUAGGGCUUCGGGUGCUGAUGGCCGAAAGAGGUCAUUGGGGCCCGGAUUCGGGGUCAGGAUGUGCCCCAGUGACUGCAGAGGCCUUGGAGGCGGUUGUGAACAAUGAUGCCGAGCUGUGGGGAGUCCUGCAACAUUAUGAGCACCUCAUCUGCGGAAAGAACGCCAAUGGUGUUUUGUCACUCCCAGCCCAUUUCAGUCCGUACACAGAGAACCAGCAGACUGUGGACAGUAGAGAGGAUGCUUACGCCCAGCUGGAGCUGAGAACACUGGAACAAUCUCUUCUGGCCACUUGUGUGGGAAGCAUCUCAGAGCUCAGUGACUUGGUAUCCCGUGCCAUGCACCACAUGCAGCGUCUCAGCUCAAUGCGUCCAGGACAGAGCCCUGCCCGUCACGCCCGAGCCCAUCAGCCUGUGUCCUGGUCGCCUGACGCCCUCCACACCCUUUACUACUUCCUGCGUUGCCCACAAAUGGAGUCCAUGGAGAAUCCCAACCUGGAUCCCCCACGCAUGGCUCUUAGCAAAGAGAGGCCAUUUAUGCUGCUGCCGCCUUUGAUGGAGUGGAUGAGAGUGGCCAUAGUUCAUGCCGAGCAUCGCAAGAGUCUGUUGGUGGACAGUGAUGAUGUCAGACAGACCGCCAGGCUCCUCCUUCCUGGACUUGACUGUGAACCAAGACAACUGAAGCCGGAGUGUUGCUUUAGCUCCUUCAAGCGUCUGGACUCCAAAGCUGCCAUAGAUAAAUUCAACCUGGACUUGGGUUUUCGAAUGCUCAAUUGUGGACGCACUGAUCUCAUUGGUCAAGCUAUUGACCUGCUCAGGCCAGAUGGGGUCAACAGCAUGGAUGACCAGGGUAUGACCCCUCUGAUGUAUGCCUGUGCAGCUGGAGAUGAGGCCCUUGUCCAGAUGCUGAUUGAUGCUGGAGCCAACCUUGAUGUGGCGGUUCCAUUGUACUCCCCAAAGUAUCCUUCUGUACAUCCUGACAGUCGACACUGGACAGCUCUCACCUUCGCAGUGUUGCAUGGACACAUCCCUGUAGUGCAGCUUCUGUUGGAUGCGGGAGCCAAUGUGGAGGGGGCAGCAGUCCGAAAUGGUCAGGACACCACAGCAGACACUCCGUUGCAGCUGGCGUCUGCAGCAGGUAACUAUGAGAUGGUGACUUUGCUCCUGGGACGUGGCGCUGACCCCUUAACAAGGAGCCAUGAUGGAAAUGCUCUUACUUCAUCUCUUUAUGAAGACAUGAACUGCUUCAGUCAUGCUGCUGCACAUGGACACAGAAACGUGCUGAGAAAGCUACUGACUCAACCCCAGCAGAUCAAAGAGGAUGUCCUGUCUCUGGAGGAGAUCUUAGCAGAAGGAGUGGAGAAUGAAAUUCCAGGGAUGUGUCCUUAUCUUCCAACACCUUCCAAUGGCAGUCCAGCACUGCAGGAGGCAGACAUACCCAAGCUCUGCAAGGCCAGGAUGAAGGCUCUUCAAGAAGCUAGCUACUACAGUGCUGAGCACGGAUAUCUUGAUGUCACCAUGGAGCUUCAUGCAAUGGGUGUCCCAUGGAAACUACAUGUGUGGCUGGAAUCUCUUCGUUGUGCCCAUCAGCAGUCCAAGACGGGGGCCAUCCUCUCUCUUCUCAGAGAGUUUACCACAGUCCGAGAAGAGGACUACUGUGAUGAACUUGUCACCACGGGCCUGCCCCUUAUGUUCACUAUCCUGCGAACCACCAAGAACGAUGCCCUUAUACAGCAGCUGGCAGCUAUUUUUAGUCACUGUUUUGGCUCAGCACCACUUCCAGCCAUCCCUGAGAUGAAGGCGUCUCUUUCAGCUCAGUUGGAUCCACUCUUUCUGAACAACCCAGACAUGUCAGAUGUGACAUUUUUGGUGGAGGGAAAACCAUUUUAUGGACACAAAGUCCUUCUGAUAACUGCUUCUGACAAAUUCAAAUCUCUGCUGGCAUCCUCUGGAUCAGAUGGAAGCCCCAGCAAAGAAAUUGAGAUCAGCGAUGUCAAGUACCAUAUUUUCCAGAUGAUGAUGUCUUACCUGUACUGUGGAGGAACAGAAUCACUGAAAACAAAUGUGAAGGACUUACUGGAGCUUUUGUCGGCUGCUAAUCAGUUCCAGCUGGGGGCAUUACAAAGACAUUGUGAGCUCAUCUGCUCCAAGCACAUAAACCUUGACAAUGCAGUCAGCAUCUACAAGACAGCCAAGGCAAAUAGUUCGGUGGACCUGAGUUCAUGUUGCGAAAGUUUCUUCCUGCAGCAGAUGCCGGCACUGCUGGAAAAAGACGGCUUCAGAACCCUGUUACUAGGAACCAACUGCACUCGACAGGGGAGUAACUGCACUUCUUCUCUGGCUCACAGCCGCAGUGACUCACCUCUGGAAGAGCUGGAGGCCAUCCUGGCUCAGCGUCUACGCUCGCUUUACAUUUCAUCUCAAGUCUGAAGAUGUGAGCGGCUGCAAUGAGACAAGACAAAAAGCAACAAGUGUGUGAAAGUUGCAGAAGAAGGCUUUGUGUAAAUACAGGUGGCUUGGUUCUGUAGGAACCACAUUUCAGAGAAAAUGCUGCAAUACUGUGUACAGUGUGGCACAGUGACUGAUUUAGCAGUUGUUGACUCUGAACAGUGUUAUUUUGUGCCAAGCACUACAUGAUGGCGGUUACUGUGACGAACAGUACGUUUUUCAAAAAGGGUGGUUUGUGUUUUGUUUUUUCUCCAAGGCUCAGGAAGCCUAAAUGGAGAGGCAACUUUCAAAAAUAAAAUACUGCUGCCAUCUAGUGGAAAUCAUGAAAGGACUGGAAUUUGCAGCAACUCCUGGGUUUUGACUGAAGCUAUGUACAGUAACCAUAGACUGAAGAUGCAGAGUGGGAGGAAAGCUCAGUCCAGUCUGUAGUGAAGGAAAUGUUUAUAUUAAAAAGCAAGUACUCUUUUAUAUUGUUUUUUUUGUUUGUUUUUUUUUAACUAAAGUAUGACCAGAAUGACAUUUACUGCUAAGUGGGAUGGACAUUUUCUAUUUAAUGAGAACAAAAGAUGUGAAAGUAUUUAAUGAGGCAUGCCCUUUUAUUUCAAUUUUAAUCCAAGCUAAUUAAUAUUUUAAAAAUGCUUCAGCUGUUUAUGCAGGCAUACUAAUAGGUAAUUAUGCUUAUCUUGAUGUUUACCAUAUUUACACAACCACAACAGAAGGAUUUGAAAAAUAUGUUUUGUCUGAAAUAAACCUUGUGACUCUGACUGGAA